GCCGCCAGACCCCUGAUCGGGAGAGACUAAGAGGGCUGGCCACCAUGCAUAGCUCCUGCAGCCUCUGGGCGACAGCCCUGUCCCCACUGCUGCUGCUGCUGACUGCUGCUGGCCCCACCUCAGCCCUCACGGAGGAUGAGAAGCAAACCGUGGUGGAGCUUCACAACUUCUACCGUGCCCAGGUGUCCCCCCCAGCCUCAGACAUGCUGCAGAUGAGGUGGGACGACGACCUAGCCGCCUUCGCCAAGGCCUAUGCGCAGAAAUGCGUGUGGGGACACAACAAGGAGCGUGGGCGGCGCGGGGAGAACUUGUUCGCCAUCACCGACGAGGGCAUGGACGUGCCGCUGGCCGUGGGGAACUGGUUUGAGGAGCGCGAACACUACAAUCUCAGCACCGCCACCUGCGAUCCGGGCCAAAUGUGCGGCCACUACACUCAGGUAGUCUGGAGCAAGACGGAGAGGAUUGGCUGUGGUUCCCACUUCUGUGAGUCGCUCCACGGAGUGGAGGAAGCCAACAUCCAUUUGCUGGUGUGCAACUAUGAGCCCCCGGGGAACGUGAAGGGGCGCAAGCCCUACCAGGAAGGGACUCCUUGCUCCCAGUGCCCCGUUGGCUACAACUGCGAGAACUCUCUCUGUGAGCCCACAAGAAACCCGAAAGAGGAGCAGGAUUCUCCUCCACGGGUGACUGAGGUCCCUUCCAUCACCCGGGCAACUGAAGCCCCAAGCUCCAGGGAAACCGGUACUCCGUCCCUAGCAACCUCUGAGACUCUACGUUUCUCCUCGGUAACAAAGGUCUCGGACUCCCUGGCAACCGAGUCCUCACCUGCGGUAGAAACAAAAGCCCCAUCUUCCUUAGCAACGGAAGGCCCUUCCUCCAUGGCAACAGAGGCUCAAUCUUUCCCGACCGAGGUCCCCUACGUUUCCACUACGCACACCCAGCCCUCAAUGGAUGAGGGGCCAAUUAAUUUCCUCACAUCAGCGCAUAUCCCUGUCCCCAAAUCUACGGACAAAGAAGGCAGCAAGUCGAGCGCAACCUCCAUGAGCCCAGAGAAAUCUCUGUACCCUAAGAUAUCCCUGACACAGACAGGAGAGUCCCUACCCCUGGCCCAGGAGGAGGCUGAGGCAGAGGCAGAGUUGCCUGAGGCAGAGGCGGAAUUGCCAGAGGCAGAGGCUGAAUUGCCUGAGGCAGAGGUCCAGUUGCCUGAAGCAGAGGCUGAAAUGCCUGAAGCAGAGUCCCGGUUGCCUGAAGUAGAGGCUUGGUUGCCUGAAGUAGAGGCCCGGUUGCCUGGGGCAGAGGGCGAAUUGCCUGAGGCAGAGGCCGAGCUGCCUGUUUCCAGUGAGGUGGUGGUCCCAGUUCUUCCAGCCCAGGAGCAUGGUGGGCCGCAGGCCUCACUGGACCACUCGGGGCCCCCUGCCUCCACCUCCCUGCCCAACUUCCCCAGUGUCUCUGCCGAGGCUAAUGCCACAGGUGGGCGCACCUUGGCCCUGCAGUCACCCUUGACAGAUGCCGGAUUUGAUUUGGAGAAUUCUGGUCACGUUCAGGGCCCUUUCCUGGGACUGCUGCUGCCUCCUUUGCUGUUGAGUGGAAUAUUCUGAAGGGGACACUCAGAGGCAAGGCCUGGUGAGACUGGCCUCAUGCCUGUUCUGAAUUCUGUCUCCAAGUUAGAAGCCAGAGCUUCUGGAGCAGGUCCUUCUCUCUGCCACCCUCCCUCCCCUCUACUGAGCAGUGCCAGCCCAAUACCCCCUCCCCCCAGAAGUGCUUCUUCCACGGGGGUGGGGGUGGGGUGCUGCCUUCAGCAGGAUUCUAGGGGCCACAUGUGCCUAAGGACAGAGAAUCAUAGCCUCCUCAGGAACUGUUUGGCCCCUUCUAGUCCCUUGGGCUCUUUCUUGAGCCUUUUGAGUCCAGGAGUGUCUGCAGAAGUCCCUACUCCUUCCCAGGGAGAAGAGGUAGCCGCCUGACUGCUGUGUCCUCCAUCCUGUCCCCAGCCCUCAAACAAGGCCCUCUGGAAAGGAAAAGCUGUGGGGUCCAGCUCACCAGAAAUUGCACACCAGGGCCCUUCCUGCCCCUUACAGAGGACAUGAUUCUGAGGAUACCUGCCUGACCCACAGGGUGGAAGAGGGAUGCUCUGCUCCCAAUCUCUGAGUGUCCAUAAGGCUGGGACAGCAGACCAUGAGGGGCAGGUGAAGAACAAGCCCCACCCAAGUGGGGUUCUGUGGGUGGGAAGACAGGGAGCCAGGGAACCCAGGUGGCCUUGACUCCUGAAUAAAGCUUGUC